UGAUAACUCCUCCUCGUCCGCCAACUCUUUGACCUUCAUCUCACAAGACUAGUUAGUGAGAAGUAAGUAGCAGUAAGUAAUGCUAGUCUCUUCAAUUAGUAGAAGAUCUCAGAUUCUCACUUCACACUCUUCUCAAUCUGUUCUGAUCGUUUCAGAUCCAGAACCUUUUUCUAUUCCUUCCGUACAAUACUAGGGUUUCCCUGCUGUCCUUUUCAACAAUGUCGUGGGUUUCGGCCUUGUCUUUGGCUCUACUCUCCGUUUUAAGCUUCGUUUGUAUCGAAGCCUCGGUCCACGACUACGCCGCUGUCAAAUUCUCCGCCAAAGGAAAUGCCUUCGUCGUUCAUGGAGGCAGCGAGGGGAUUUACUAUUCUAUCCCUGGUCGCAAUGAGACUGAUAUCUCUGCUGAUGGAGACUCUUUCAUACGCUUUGAAAAAGUUACAUUUCGGAGAGCCAGUGACUAUACAAAUUUUAGCUCAGGUUUGGUCCACGCAAUUAUUUUUGAGGUGGAAGAUAGAGAAACAAUUGGGGGUUCAGCCUACGGCGGUCAAAGAGCAGUAUGUUGCACGGGGGAUCUUGCAAAAUUGGGUGUGUGUAAAGAAGGAGAAGUCAUUCACCGCCCUUCAUCUAAGAAUCCCGAUUGGCCUCAAAUUUUUGGUGUCUCAUUUGAUGUAAACAAAGAAGUUACUACAUUGCAAUCAAAGUCCAUAGAGAUUACUAGAACAGGAAUGUAUAACUUGUAUUUCAUACACUGUGAUGUUAGGCUUAAGGAUGUGGUUGUAGAGGGGAAAACAGUAUGGAAAAACCCGAAUGGAUAUCUACCUGGUAGAAUGGCACCUCUUAUGAAAUUUUAUGGGUUCAUGUCAUUUGCUUUUGUAGUACUAGGGCUCUUUUGGUUCUCACAGUAUGCAAGAUUUUGGAGAGAAGUUCUUCCUCUGCAGAACUGCAUUACUCUAGUAAUAACGCUGGGUAUGUUGGAAAUGGCUUUGUGGUACUUUGAUUAUGCAGAAUUCAACGAGAAUGGAAUCAGGCCAACUGGGAUAACUCUAUGGGCUGUCACCUUUGGUGCUAUUAAACGUACUGUUGCACGAUUGAUCAUUUUAAUGGUGUCCAUGGGUUAUGGUGUUGUCAGACCCACCUUGGGUGGAAUUACAUCAAAGGUAAUUAUGCUUGGAGCAACCUUCUUCGUGGCAUCUGAAGUUCUUGAGAUGGUAGAAAAUGUUGGUGCAGUCAGCGAUCUUUCUGGGAAGGCAAGAUUGUUUUUGGUUCUUCCUGUGGCUGUAUUGGAUGCUUUCUUCAUCCUUUGGAUAUUUUCAUCCCUCUCAGCAACCUUAAAUAAGCUUCAGGCCAGGCGAAUGUUGGUUAAAUUAGAUAUUUAUAGGAAGUUCACAAACGCUUUGGCAGUGGCUGUUAUUGUUUCCGUUGGUUGGAUAUGCUAUGAGCUUUACUUCAAAUCGAAUGAUAUUUACAAUGAGCAGUGGCAAAAUGCUUGGAUUAUCCCUGCAUUUUGGCAAGUCCUAUCUUUUUCGGUUCUCUGCGUCAUCUGUGCUCUUUGGGCCCCAUCCCAGAACUCAACGAGGUAUACUUACUCCGAUGAUGGAAGUGAAGAGUUUGACCGUGAUGAUACAACUUUGACACUCAUAAAACCAUCUCCAAUCCCUUCCAAAGAUGUUCGGCCUGUGCCAGAAGUCAGAUCUCUGGAUGGUGAUUUGGAAGAAGACAAGACAGAAUAGUGUAGAACUGUGCCUGCGAUAUAUUCAUACCAUCUUAGUAAUUAUUUAUACCGGAGAGGAAGAUUGAGUGGGUGAAAGACAGGAAUACUCCACUUUGAGAUGGUGCCCUUUUAGCUUUUUGUUAAUUUUUGUUCAUGUUACUUUUCCGUAGCUAUUUGUUUAUUCGGUUAUUACUUAUUAGAUUGAAUAUUAACGUUGUCAUGAAAAAAAAAAUCAUUGCUUAAUGGAAUUCUGUGCUCAGAACCAUAGCCUUUUAGAUUUAGAUGUAUACUAUGUACUACGAUGCUCGAAUGUGACAUUGACUUGCUUUGAUGAAAAUUGAUUAUGUAAUAUUUUUGGUUCAAGUAGGUGCA